AUGCAGCAAUGCAGGUUGCAACAGCUCCUCGAAGGCCCUCUCUUGGCCUACAUCACUUGUGGUGGGCGCUGUGCGCAGCUGGUGAACCGAAAAGAUUUAGCCUUGGCAGUGGGAGCGCUGGUGUUGUCCUUUGGCAGUGGGAGUGCUGCUGUUGUUGCUCCUGAUGCUCCUGCGCCUGAAGGUCAAGCAGCCGACCAAGUUCCGAAGCGAUGUGGACGCCCCAGGAAGGGCCAAGAGCUCAAAGUCGCGAAGCAGACUGGCUCCUUGGUGGCCAGCAAUGCCGACGUGCGGAGGAGCAGAUCCGCAUUCUUCAGCAUGACAGCGAUGUGGAUUGCAUUCCCACCGCGCCCUUCCUUCGCCUCGUCAAAGAAUCCUUGA